GUUCAACGUAUCUGCCGACUAGCAGAAGACAAUCGCGUGCAAAAUUGAAAGACUAUUUUUUCGAAUUGCGAUCAUAUCUCAGGCUUGUAUUAUUGAGUUACUACUUCCUUCAGAAUGUUCAGAUCAAAACUUCUUAGGGUUUGUUUCACUGCCGUUCAGAAUGGACAGUGCAGACAGAUACAGCAGAAGGCAGAGAGGAGCGUCAACCAAGUUACUCUGCUAGGUAGGGUUGGGCGAGAUGUAGAGCUGAGAGGAAGCGAUGAGCACCCCAUGGCAUCGUUCUCCUUAGCAACCAGUGAAAACAUCAGGAGUAAACAUCCAGAUGAAACAGGUGAAUUUACUCAAAAGACCAGUUGGCACCGUGUGUGCGUCUUUAGACCUGGACUUGUGGACAUUGUCUAUACAUACUGCAAGAAAGGUGACAGGCUGUUUGUAACAGGAAAGUUAGACUACAGUGAGUACACAAACAAUGAUGGAAUCAAAGUUUAUCAGACAAGCAUCAUUGCAGACGAUGUGAUCUUCCUGAACAGUGAAAACAGGAGAGAUGGCUACUGAACAGAAGAGGAUUUGAUCAAGAAUAUGCUUGCCUGAUGAGGCGCCAAUAUGGCUUGCUGCACUGACUAAGAAUGAACUUUGAAAUAAGCAAGGAUCAUCGUGCAGUAUGGUAAAUGUAUGCUGUAGUUAAGGAUGGAGAUGGCCUAUUGCGAAAAGUGAGAGUCGCACCUUUGUCCGAAGGAAGGGAUCCUGCCUGGGUCAGCUUAAGACCGUGGGAUGAGCCCUAGUAAGCAUAAUCACUGCGAUUAUGUGUUUAAAACCAUACUUGCAAUUAACUUAAUCAUGACUUGUCAAAUUUAAUACUUUGUAAAACAACCCCCAAACUUUUGUUUAUGAAACUGUAAGUUUGCAUUGGACAAGUCUAUGUGACAACCAUGAAGCUGUGGUAAUAAUAACAUUACCAUGUUG